AUGGCUAUUUUAAUAUUUCUUUUUGUUUUGCUAUUUUCUGGAACAAGUUUCAGUCAAGAGAAAACAUAUGUCCUUACAGCACCAAGGAUCUUCCGAAUUGGGGCGUCUGAAAAAGUUGUAGUUCAAACUUACGGUUAUGAGAAGGAAUUUUCUGUCAAUAUUGCCAUAAAAAGUUUUCCAGAUAAGCUUGUUACUUAUUCUUCUGGCUACGUUUCUUUGACUCCAGCCAACAAGUUCCAAGAUGCUGUAACUUUAACACUUCAACCAGCAGAUUUACCAAGAACAGCAAAUUCAGUCCAAUAUGUGUAUUUGGAAGCUCUUUCUCCAUAUUUUACAAGGUCAAAAAAAAUUCCAAUUUCCUAUGAGAAUGGAUUUCUCUUUAUUCAGACAGACAAACCUAUUUAUACUCCUGAUCAAUCAGUGAAAGUCAGAGUUUACUCUUUGAAUGAAGAACUGCAGCCAGCUCGACGAGAAACUGUUCUAACUUUUGUGGAUCCUGAUGGAGUAAAAGUGGAUAUUACAGAAGAAGAUGAUUUUACUGGAAUAGUUUCUUUUCCUGACUUCAAGAUUCCUUCUAAUCCUAAGUAUGGGAUUUGGAAGAUUGAAGCCAAGUAUAGGAAGAAUUUCAUAACCUCAGCUGUUGCAAAAUUUGAAGUUAAGGAAUAUGCAAUGCCAAGCUUUUCCAUCAUCAUAGAGCCAGAAAAUAACUUUAUUAGCUCUGAGAAAUUUGAGAACUUCAGGAUUACUGUGAGAGCUAGCUAUUUUUAUAAUAAAAGGGUUCCAAGUGCUGAUGUUUUUGUUCGUUUUGGAAUAAUUGAAGAAACUGGAAGAAAAAUGAUGCCUCGUGCUAUGCAAAUAACUCAGAUUGAAAAUGGAGUUGCUGAAAUCAAUUUUAACAGUAAAAAAGCAGUUAGUUUUAUAGGGUUUCAAAGUCUGAGAGAGUUGGAUGGGUCACGCUUGUAUAUUGUAGCAUCAGUGAUGGAGUCUAUGGGUGGCCUUAGUGGUGAAGCAGAAUUUGAUGGAGUCAAGUAUGCUUUAUCUCCUUACAAACUGAACUUGAUUGCCACUCCUCUCUUUGUGAAGCCUGGACUUCCGUUCUUCAUUAAGGUGCAGGUGAAAGAUACAGUAGAUCACUUUGUUGGAAACCUCCCCAUAACUGUCACCGCAAAAUCAUUUAGCGAGCAAAUGGAUGAGUCUGAGCUGAUACCUGAGGGUUCAGAGUCUGGGAGAAGAAAAACAAGUGUGAAUGAUGGAACUGCAUUAUUUGUUGUUAAUAUCCCAACUGAUAACAAAAUAUUAGAGUUUCAAGUUAGAACUGCAGAUCCACGUCUUUCAGAUGAAAACCAAGCAACUGAAACCUAUGAAGCAAAAGCUUAUUCAUCAUUAAGUCAGAGUUAUCUGUAUAUUGACUGGGCUUCAAACCACAAAAUAUUGCAAGUAGGCGACUUCAUAAAUAUUAAUGUAUACCCACGUAGUCAUUAUAUUCAUAAAAUACAUCACUACAGCUAUUUGAUCAUGUCAAAAGGGAAGAUAGUAAGCUUUGGAACUCAAGAGAAAAUUAAACAUUUGGAAUAUGAGCAUCUAAGUUUUCAGAUAACCCAAGAAAUGGUUCCUUCUGCCCGUCUUGUUGUUUACUAUAUUGUCACAGGAGAAGAAACUGCUGAGUUAGUAGCUGAUUCAGUUUGGCUGAAUGUGGAACAGAAGUGUGGGAAUAGUCUUGAUAUUAAGCUACUGUCAAGCAAGCAGAUAAUGAAGCCAGGAGAAGUUGUGUCACUUGAUAUGAAAACACAGUUCAGUUCCUUUGUUGCUUUGUCAUCUAUUGACAAAGCAGUGUAUGGAGUCACAGGAAGAGGAAAAAGAGCUAUGGAAAAAACUAUGCUAUAUUUGGAAAAAAAUGACCUUGGAUGUGGUGCUGGAGGAGGACGGAACAAUGCUGAAGUAUUUCGAAUGGCUGGGCUCACAUGUUUAACUAAUGCAAAUGCUGAUGAUUCAAAUGAAGCAGAUGAAACUUGCAAUCAAAUUUUGAGAACCAAACGGUCUGAUUUCAAGGAACGGAUACUCCAGGAAGCAUCCAAAUAUAAACAUCCAGAAAUUCGAAAAUGUUGUAUGGCUGGAGUAAAAGCAUAUCCGGUCAGUGAGACUUGCAGUGAUAGAGCUCAACGAAUUCGGAGUAGUGAAAAGUGCAUUUUGGCAUUUAAAGAUUGCUGUGAAUUUGCAAACAGACUGCGAGAGACAGAGCCUAAUAAGCUCCUGAUAUUGGCAAGAAUGCAUUUUGAGGCUGUAUUGGAAUUGGAUGAAGCAGAAAUCAGAAGUUAUUUCCCUGAAAGUUGGUUAUGGGAAGUUCAUCAAGUUUCUCCAAGGUCAAAGACUCUGUCUGUCACUCUGCCUGAUUCACUGACUACCUGGGAAGUUCUAGGUGUUGGCAUAUCUGAUAAAGGUAUAUGUGUUGCGGAGCCCCUGGAAGUGCAGGUUUUAAAAGAUAUCUUCUUGAACAUUUAUGUUCCUUACUCUGUGGUGCGAGGAGAACAAAUUGAGUUAAAAGGAUCAGUUUAUAACUAUGGAAGUUCUGUAAUUAAGUUCUGCGUUAAAAUAGCAGCUGGAGAUGGAAUCUGUUCUUUUGAAGAUACUACAACUACUGGAGUGUUGAUACGCAGUUGUAACUUUAAGCAUCUACAUGGUGAUUCAUCAUUACCAAUUACAUUUAGAAUACUUCCUUUGGAAUUAGGUCUUCAUACUAUCAACUUUACACUAGUGACCACCCGGAGUAGUGAAACUGUAGUUAAAACAUUACGUGUACUGCCAGAAGGCAUUAAGAGAGAACUUCAUGCAGGUUUCACUUUGGAUCCACAAGGUGUUUAUGGUUUAAUCAAAAGACGACAAGAAUUUCAAUAUAAAAUCCCGCUAAAUCUGGUGCCUAAAACGAAAAUUGAUAGAAGUGUCAGUGUAAAAGGGCAUCUUAUGGGAGAAGUGAUUGCCACAGCCCUCAGUCCUAGAGGUCUCAGUCUUCUUACUAACCUGCCAAAGGGUAGUGCAGAAGCAGAGCUUAUGAGUAUUGCCCCAGUAUUUUAUGUGUUUCACUACCUGGAACAAUCAAAUAACUGGCAUUUACUGGGUCCUAAAACCUUAGCGUCAAGAACUGAAAUGCGGAGGAAGAUGAAAGAAGGAAUUGUAAGCAUCUUGUCAUUCAGAAAUCCUGACUUCUCAUAUAGCAUGUGGAAGAAUGGGCAAGCUAGCACAUGGCUGUCAGCUUUUGCUUUAAGAAUGUUUGGACAAGUUAAUCAAUAUAUAAGUCUUGAUCAGAUUUCUAUUUGUAAUUCACUUCUAUGGCUGAUUGAUAACUGUCAAAUGCCUGAUGGAUCGUUCAAUGAAUUUUCAAGUUAUCAACCAGUGAAACUACAGGGUACAUUACCUACAGAAACUAAAGAAAAAUCUUUAUAUCUCACAGCAUUUUCUGUAAUUGGAAUUGAGAAGAUAAUUAAAAUAUGUCCUACUCAGAGAACCUAUGAUGCUAGAAAUAGAGCAGGAGAUUAUUUGUUGAAAAAUGUGCAAUCUGCUGCAAGCCCCUUUACGAUGGCAAUAACUACAUAUGCUUUAACUCUUGUGGACUUGAACCAUCACUCUGCACGGUCUGCGUUCUCUGCACUGAAGAAGGAAGCAUUUGUCAUAGGUGACCCACCUAUUUAUCGUUUUUGGAAAGAUACUUUCAAAAAGUUAGACCGAGACUCUCCGCGAACAGUUACUGCACAAAUGGUUGAAACUACUGCAUAUGCCUUGCUUACUGCUUUGUUGAGAGGGGACAAAAAUUAUGCUAAUCCCAUUAUCAAAUGGUUGUCUGAAGAACAAAGAUAUGGUGGUGGAUUUUAUUCGACUCAGGAUACAAUUAAUGCCCUUGAGGCCUUGACUGAAUAUUCACUUCUUGUCAAACGGCUUAGUUUGGACAUGAGUGUUAAGGUAGCUUACAAACAGUAUGGAGAUCUUCACCUGUUUAACCUGACAGAAGAUAAUUUUGUGGGAAGAACAGUGACGGUACCUUUGGAAGAUGACAUAUAUGUAAGCACUGGCAGCAGCACUGGUUUAGCUACAGUAAAUGUGAGGACAGUAUAUAAUAUAAUCGGUACUUCUGAAGAGUCAUGUAACUUUGAAUUGAAGAUUGUUCCAAAGAGAAAUGAUGAUUACAGAAAAGAAGAUGGUGAGCCACUUGGGCGCUUAGAGGCUUGCGCAAAGUACAAGCCCAGCAUGAGAGAGCCACAGUCAGGGUCUGCACAUGCUGUGAUGGAUAUAGGUUUAGUUAGUGGACUGGAAGCAAAUACAGAAGAUUUAUCUACUCUUGCAAGUGGAGUUGAUCAAUUGAUAGCAGAUUAUGAGAUUAAAGAUGGGCAUGUUGUUCUGCAGAUAGACUCUGUGCCAGCUAAUAAUUUCCUCUGUGUUGGGUUCAGAAUAAGUGAGCUCUUCCAUGUUGGAAUGAUAAAUCCUGCCACAUUCACUGUCUAUGAGUAUCAUGCACCAGAUAAACAGUGCACGAUAUUGUAUAACCCAUAUGGAGAUGAAAAACUUGUGAGAUUGUGUGAAGGAGAUGAAUGUAAAUGCAUGGAAGCUGAAUGUAGUCAAGUACAAGAGAGACUAGAUCGGUCAAUAACUGCUGAUACACGGCGAGAAGCUGCAUGCCAGAAUGACAUUGCAUAUGUUUAUAAAGUGAACAUCUUAUCUCGCAAUGAAGAAGGUCAUUUUGUUAAGUAUUCUGCAACUCUUCUAGAUUUCUAUAAAAGAGGGAAGGCUUUUGCUCAAAAAAAUAAUGAAAUAACCUUUAUUAAAAAGAAGACCUGUACUGAUGUUGAAUUGAGCCCUGGAAUGCAGUAUUUGAUCAUGGGAAAAGAAGCCUUAAAGAUAAAAGUUGGUUAUAAUUUCAAAUUCCAGUAUCCUUUGGACUCCAGCACUUGGAUUGAAUGGUGGCCUUCAAAUACAGCCUGUACAUUUUGUCAAGAAUUUUUAUAUACAAUGGAAGAUUUUGUUGAAGAUCUCAUCAUCAAUGGCUGCUGAUUUACUUAGAGAACUUUUAAAUAAAACGUAUAGCUCAAAUCUCGUUUGGUGAGGGGGAACUCAGCCCUUUAGGAAUUCUUUCCAAAAUUUAACAUUCAUGGCUAGUUCGUGUUGGAAAAUGCUCUUUGCUUGUAUUUUAGCCACUUUUUUUAUGAAAAUACGAAUGUUCAAAUGAUGAUUUUUCAGCUUGCAAAUACUGCAAAGACAUUUGAAGUCAGAUGACAUGAAAUGAAAUAACCUUAAAAACAAAGAUGGGUAGUACUGUCUUGUGCCAGAAUAACACUUAGAAGUAUUGAAAUUCAAUGUCUUCUAAAAAC